UUCACUGGCUCUCCCGGUUAGCUUUGUCAAGUUUUUCCUUCCUUCACAGAUCGAACAUUUGCUUUCUCUGCCUUUGAUAUUCUCUCUUGCUGUGAUUCGAUUCUCUCUGUUCUCUGCAACUAUUCUGUUUUUCUCACAGGCGCAACACCGAUUGUUUUUCAUACUUUAAGGCAAAUAUCUUGUGACAAUGAAGCCUGCCAAAGGAAAGGGGGCACCAAGGACCUCUAAAGAAGCUGUUAAACCUGUAGAUGACAGAAAGGUUGGAAAGAGAAAGGCAGCUGAUAAGAGUAGCAAAGGUCAAGCUGGAAAGGACAAACGGGCCAAGAAAGACCCAAACAAACCAAAGAGGCCUGCUAGUGCAUUCUUUGUUUUCCUUGAGGAAUUUAGAACCACUUUCAAGAAAGAAAAUCCAAAUGUGAAGGCUGUCUCAGCGGUUGGAAAAGCUGGAGGACAGAAGUGGAAGUCCAUGACUGAUGCUGAAAAAGCUCCAUAUGAAGCCAAAGCCGCGAAAAGGAAGACAGAUUAUGAAAAGCUUAUGAACGCGUAUAACAAGCAGGAUGACGGUGAUGAAGAGUCAGACAAGUCAAAAUCUGAAAUAAACGACGAGGAUGAGGCCAGCGCUGAGGAAGGACAGCAGAAGCAGGAGGAUGAGGAGGAAGAUGAAGAGGAGCAGGAGGAUGAAGACGACGAUGACUCUGACUACUAAAACAGAUGGUUUUGUCCUAUGCAAAUAUAAGGGAAUGAUCCUGCAUUUUGUAUGUUCAUAUCUAUAGGUUAUAAAGGGUGAUGCCCUUUGGUCCUGGGUAACAUUCCCUUGUCCUAUGAUGAUGAUAAUAGCUACUGGGAUCGAUAUCCCCUCUAUUUAGUAUUUUGCUUGGUUUGUGUGUGAUCAUGUAAUUCGCAUUUCUAAACGCUUAUUUGCCUAUGAGAAUGAGAGUCGAGUCUUGUUGUCAAA